CGCGGUAAUCAGACUCGGGGAAUGUACCUCGGCUGUCCUGCCAGGUUUUUUCUGCUGCUACACAUUUUCAGGUACUGCUUCCUGCGAAAUGGAGACAACGGUGUACACUUCAGCUGUGAAGUAAAGGAAAAUCAGGGGGAGGUUGUACGACGGUUUGUGGCCUACAUCUGAACUUGUUCAUCUUGGCCAUAAAGGAACCCCUUAAACUGGUGUGACUUAAAACAAGGGCAGAUCAUCUCACACACCUGCACACCUCCUAAAUCAGGUUUCUGCCACCAUGUCCUAGAUAGCAGUCUAUUUCCUGAGCAUCUUCCUUAAACCCUAGUCCCUCUUUCCGUCUUCCUUCUCCAUACCAUCUCUAAUCCCCGAUCCCAAUGUGGUAAUUGCUGGUCACAGCACCAGUGGCGCCCAGUUUGGCGUGAUGAGCAGCCUGCACCAGCAGCAUCAUGGCAGCACAGGCUCAGAGCGAGAUCUUCACUCUGCUGGCUCCUCUGUUAGCCUCCCCACAGUUAGAAAGACUCCCAAGAAGCGCCGUCUUUCUCUCCAUGCAAUCUUUGGGCGCCGACGCCGGCCCGAACGUGACCCCAAGCGCAAGGCGAAGGCUCUGCAAGCUGAAGUUGGGGUGGAUGGUGUCGUCAGCCUCGAAACUGCACAGGUAGAGACUUUGCAGGAUAAAACUGCAACCAACUCUCCAUUAGAUGUAGCGUCAACUUCUUCAGUGCCAGGGUCUUCGUCAGAGCUGCUGGAGUGCCCUUUGUGCCUACUGCGCCACGCACGCGAUCACUUCCCAGACAUCAUGACCUGCCACCACCGCUCCUGCGCAGACUGCUUGCGACAGUAUCUGCGCAUCGAGAUCUCAGAGUCCCGAGUCAACAUCAGCUGCCCCGAGUGUGCUGAGCGCUUCAACCCCCACGACAUCAGGAUGAUCCUGGGAGACCGAGCCCUCAUGGACAAGUACGAGGAGUUCAUGCUGAGGAGGUGGCUGGUGGCUGAACCUGACUGCCGCUGGUGCCCAGCCCCUGACUGUGGUUAUGCAGUCAUUGCAUUCGGAUGUGCCAGCUGCCCAAAGAUCACCUGCGGGCGUGAGGGCUGCGGGACAGAGUUCUGCUACCACUGCAAACAGCUGUGGCAUCCCAACCAGACGUGCGACACCGCACGGCAGCAAAGGGCCCAACACUUCCGGCUGAGGAGUUUCAGGUCGUCCUCACUCAGCUACAGCCAGGAGAGCGGCGCUGCAGGUGAUGACAUCAAACCAUGCCCUCGCUGUGCAGCCUACAUCAUCAAGAUGAACGAUGGAAGCUGCAAUCACAUGACCUGCGCCGUCUGCGGCUGUGAGUUCUGUUGGCUUUGCAUGAAGGAGAUCUCUGACCUGCACUAUUUAAGUCCAUCGGGCUGCACCUUCUGGGGGAAGAAGCCGUGGAGCAGAAAGAAGAAGAUCCUGUGGCAGCUUGGCACAUUGGUGGGUGCUCCUGUGGGUAUCGCCCUUAUUGCUGGCAUCGCCAUCCCUGCAAUGAUCAUUGGCAUCCCUGUCUAUGUGGGCAGAAAGAUUCAUACUCGCUAUGAAGGCAAAGACAUCUCCAAACACAAGAGGAACCUGGUGAUAGCUGGCGGCGUGACGUUGUCUGUGAUCGUGUCUCCUGUGGUUGCCGCGGUCACUGUUGGAAUUGGCGUUCCCAUCAUGCUUGCGUACGUCUACGGUGUUGUCCCGAUCUCCCUGUGCCGGAGCGGAGGUUGUGGAGUCUCUGCCGGCAAUGGGAAAGGAGUGCGAAUUGAGUUUGACGAUGAAAAUGACAACAUAGGCAACGGUGCUGCAGCCACAGACACAACCUCAGUAGCGGAGACUCGCCUCAACAACGCCAGCCUCGGCGAUGGUGCGAGUGUUGGUGGUCUGACGGGCCUGAGCCUCAGUGUGAGCGGAAGCAACAUGGAGCGCUGCGGCGUAAGUUCCACCCAGCGGGAUAACAUGAGUGACAAUGCCAGCACCACAGCCCUCGCUGGGACCAGCAUCACCGGAAGCCUCUCGGGCAGCUGCUACAACCGGAUGGAAGUCCAGGCCGACGUCCAGAAGGAACGCUGCAGCCUUAGUGGGGAGUCUGCCACAGUCAGUCUGGGGACGAUGAGCGACAACGCAAGCACAAAAGCCAUGGCGGGGUCCAUCCUCAACGCCUACAUGUCUCUGGAAAGAGACAACAGUCUGGAGGUGCAGGCAGACGUGGAGUCUAAGCAGGAGAAGGUGAGACACGGAAGCGCCAGCAGCAGCCUGGAUGAAGCCAGCUGUAGUAGCAGCUCUGCUGGCCUGAAAGGAGCUACGUGCUUGUGUCCCUCCACCUGUCGCUGUGCUCAGCAAGCCAACCACUCCUGCCCCUGCCCGGCGUGGUCAAAGGAUGCCUCCACCUCUGGGGUCAAAACGAGCAAGGGCAAGCGUUGGAAAAAAGCCAGCAGCAUCAGCAAAGGAGAGGCAAAAGUUAACGAGAUCCAAACAGACAUGGACACUCAGCUUCUGGAGCAGCGCAGCACUAAUUCCUCAGAGUUCGAUUCUCCGUCCCUGAGCGGCAGCCUUCCUUCUGUGGCUGAGUCGCACUGUAGCCACUUCUCAUCUGAGCUCAGCUGCUCAGACCCCGAGACCUCGAGACCGGCUCCUGCACCCUGCUCUCCCCCGAUGGACGCCCACCCUCAUAAUCCCAUCAGCGCCUUCAGUGACGUCACCAUCACGCCCAUGCCAGAGGUGGAACACGACCGCCUUGAGCACUUCCCGCCUCAGAUUAGCCACUCAGCCUUCACCUGCCGCCUGCUGUCUUCAUCUCCACCUGCUUCGCCAAAAGAGGGAAGUAGCGGGACGUUUCUGUACAUCAGCGAGGAGAGUGUUGGUGACACAGAGCCAGAGAAGGAUGAGAGCUUGAAGGAGACCAUUUGCAGCGCUGUGCAGCCUGUAAACCAAACGAGAAAACGCUGUAUACAAACGGACAUCUAAAGGAGCUCUUCAGGCAUGAUACUGCACAAACACAGGAAGCUCAGUUAGCCUUAUCACCCAGUGCCACUGUUAAACGCAGGCACCGUCCCUACCCUCCAUGCAUCUUGGGAAGCUGGUGAUCAAGAUUAAGGCUAUAAAUGAAUUAUAUAUAUAUAUAU